GGAGGAAUGCUUUUUGCGUUACGGUAGAAGCAAAACCACAUAGAUGUAGUAUUUUUACCCCGAACACUUUCAAGUUUAUUAUCUGAAAAGUUUCACAACUAGAAAAAUAUGGUUAUAACGGUACCGUCUUUAGAUGAUGGGAGCGGAAGCAAUAGUAUAAAUUCCACUUCUUUCCUCCCGAUGACUCAAGAACAGAAAGAUUGGUUGUUAGCUAUUGUUGACUGUGAUCAACCGAAAAUGACAAGAAUGCUUAAUCAACACCCUGAAUUAGCCGUAUGGAAGACUAGUAUCAACGGGUAUACUGCACUACAUUAUGCAGCUAAAUAUGGAGAUUGUGCUGCUAUCCGAUUGUUACUUGGAAAUUAUCAUGUUCAAGUUGAUGCUCAGACAUGUGAGGGUAUGACUCCUUUACAUUUGGCCGCUGCCAACGGGAAUGAAGAUGUUAUAAUCUUAUUAACUUCCGUGUACAAAGCUAGAACUGAUAUACGAGAUUUUUGUGGACGGUUACCAAGCGCUUAUCUACCCAAAGAAAAGGAGGCAUUAGCAAAUCUAUAUUUGUUAGUGAGCCAACCAGAAACAAAUCGAUUGUCCUCUGAUCCUGUUUCAAACGAAGAUAAUAGUAAUAAUGAAUGUAGUAGUGAUUGUGGGUUAGUGAAUAAUCUCAAUGCUCUACCUCCUACACCAAUUAAUUCUCAUUUCCCAUGGAGUCAAAAUAAUCAGAACUUCACAGAAGAAUUGCGUCGACAAUCAUCACUUUCACGAGGUCUAGGUUCAGUUCGUAGCGGGAGACGUGAUUCUUCAAGAGAUAGGCAUAAAAUGUACAAAACCCUACCACCUGGAGUAGUCAAUAAAAUAAUGUGCUUUCCAAUGGUAGAUUUGAAAUUCGUAAAUACGGGUUCCAGAAUUCCUACAGUCAAGCUAAAAUUUGAUGAUCCCAGAAGAUUUUUCGAUUCAAAUUUCCGGUAUGAUGACGUAAAACUCAUCCAAAAUGUAUACACACAUAUUCGUCAGAGACGUAAAAGAGCUUCAUUUUAUUAUAAUCCAUGUAAUCCUGAGAGUACUAAAUCAUCAGAACCAAAUGUAAAAGAUAAUACUGGCCGCUUGGGACCAUCAAAUUUGCGUUCAACUGUUGGUCGUCAAUUAAAGCGUCACAUACAUAAUACUCGUAUCGCGACGUCGGCGACGCAAAACAAUGAACUUGUAAACAAUAAUAAUAAUGAUGACGAUGAAUUUACUGAUCCACCAACUCCAACAAAUGAACCGAAUGAUGAUGAAGAGAAACAAUAGUACAAAUAAAUAUUUUCCGCCUUCUUUUUUAACUUUGAAUCCAAAUUGCUUUGACUUUUUUCCCCUAGUAAGUAACUUUUGUAUCAAACUAAUAAUAUAUUCAUCUAUUUGCUUUCUUUUUUAAAAUAACUUUUUUUUCAGAAAACAAGAUAUAUAUUCAUAAUAUAUUUUGUGCCAAAAUUUUAAUCUGGGAUUUAAUAAAUGAUUGGU